GGAGAUUAACUGGAAUUUCCUUGGCUUGUGUUUUGAAGUAAAAAACUGAUGCGUUUGUGCAUGAUGCACAGUUGCAUACCCGACAUUGAGUUAAUUUGACCUUCAUCAGUUGCAUAGUAUGAAUGUAUGAUGCAACCAAUCGUUGACUUUGAUCUGUGCAUGAUCCAUAGCUGUUAAACUCAUGAAGUAAUACUAUUUUUCUGUGGGAGUUCAUUUUGUAUUGCAGCUUCUCAUGUUUCAUCAUACAUUCAUCUUUGCUUUUCGGCCAUUUUCCUAUGGUACUGUUCAGUGUCAUGUGGUCAUAGCACUUUUCACGGGUUGUCUAUUUUUUGUUUUCUUUUCUCUCUCUUUUUUUUUUUUGUGGUCUGACACUUUUAACUACAAACAGAUGCUUCCGAUGGAGGCGCUCCAAUGGAAGCGGAUUACUCAGACGGCUCAAUGUUUCCGAUGCCAACAAGAGAAUGAAUCGCCUGUACACGCAACAUGGAGUUGUGCGGCCUGCGUUGCGGUGUUUGAAAGGGCGACUUUUUUCUCUUCUUUGUCAUCGGGUCAGUAUCCCUCGUUUAUUUCUUUUUUUGAUCAUGCGAUGAAAACUGUGGCAGAUGAGGAGCUCCAGUUGCUUGUUAUCUUGCUUUGGAUGAACUGGCAUGAUCGAAAUAAGUCUUAUCAUCAAGAAAGUACUGAGACGCCUGAUCGUAUAUUUGAAAAUGGUGUGAGACUUUUGACUGAAUGGAAUAAUGCAAAUUUUAGAAAUGGGACAGCAAAUAGAGAUAGUGGAGUUGCUGUUAAUGGGGAUGUGGAAAGUAGGUGGAAGGCCCCAGAGGAUGGAGUUAUAAAACUAAAUUGUGAUGGAGUUGUCUCCCUUAAUGUAAAGCAAUUUGGCACGGGUUUUGUGGUAAGAAAUCAUCAAGGUUUGUUGGUGUUAGCUGGUGGUCAAAGGCUGUCCCAUCAACUUUCAAGUGUAGUGGUCAAUCUUUUGGCAAUUAAAGAGGGUCUGGAGGCCGUGAAGGAGUGUGGGGGAGGAAGAGUAGUUGUGGAGACAAAUUGUCUCCUGGCUGUGAAGGUGUUGAAUCAAAGAAACCAAUGUUUUGCUGCUGAAGGAAUAAUUGUGGAAGAGAUUCAAUCUCUGAUGUCAGAUCUUAAUGUUUAUGAGAUUCAACAUGUUCGAAAGACUGGAAAUCAAGGUGCACAUGCAGUUGCAAAGUUUGUUGCCCAGGAACAAGGGUGUUUUAAGUGGUUAGAGGUUGGGCCUUCUUGGCUCAUGUCCAUCAUUGAUAGUGAUAGGCCUUUAACUCAAGGAAGUGCUAGGGAUAUGAGUAGUGAUUGGACUUCUAAUGUGUUAGGCAUCCAUGAGGCUACGUUGGAUCAUUCCCACUAUAUGUAAUAUCUGUUCGGUAUUAAUAAAGUUGUCCUUUUAUCAAAAAAAAAAAAAACUACAAACAGAUGCUUGGCUUCGUAAAUUACUUUAUGGUGAAGGUAAGCGUCGCGGCACUAUGAAGUGGAAAAGACUACUCCCACCUCCAGAUGCAGAUCUUAGUUCUCUUCGUGAGGACCUUAUCGAUCCUCCAGGAGAGGCCGUAUAGACGUUCAUGGAUAUUGCUUGUGUUUUGAAGAAAAGAAGUGGUGCAUCUUUCUUAUAUUUCCUGGGAGACCAGUUUAUUACCCAAAUGUAUUGUUGGUUAAUGUAACAUCAAUAUUCUGACGAUUUCGAAUUAUUGUGACAAAAUAUGUGAAGAUAAUAUUGUUA